UCCACGCACUCGUCAUCACCACGUGGUGGCUCGCAAAAACUUGGUCCAAGAAUAGUCUCUCUCUCUCUCUCUCUCUCUCUCUCUCUCUGUAUCUCUCCCCUCUCCUGUCCCCAAAAUAAAUUGAAAUCUGGUGCAGUUGUUGUUUGCAUGCAGCCGUCAUGCGUGCAUCCCUCGUGCCCUUAGCCGCGAAGGCCCUUAAUACAACCGGAAUUCAGAGUAUUCUCCUGAGGAGCUGUCGCAAUGUCACCCCAGAAUUCGCGAGGGAGUGCAGCUCGACGGUUCACGUCACCGGACGCAAGAUCACUCGUGAUAAAAUGCGACUGCAUUAUGAAAGGAUGAAGGAAAAAUGCCAAUCCAAAAAAUUACCGCAAGACGUGAACCCACGAGGGGUAUUCGCCUGCAACGAAUUGGACCUCAAAGAGGUACAAGUUUACGGAUUCGAUUAUGACUACACACUGGCCUGCUACAAACCAUCCCUGGACUAUCUCCUGUACAAUCUCGGUCGUGAUGAACUCAUAUCGAAAUACAAGUAUCCAGAGGAAAUUGCUGGAUUGGAGUACAGAGAGGACUUUGCCGUACGCGGUCUUCACUAUGACAUUGAAAAAGGCCUUCUGUUGAAGCUCGAUAGUUUUCUACAGAUCCAACUUGGCACUGUCUAUCGUGGACUACAUCCGGUUCCGGACGAUGAGGUUCUCAGAAUAUACAAAAACCGGAUCAUACCUAUUGCCUAUGUCGAACAACAUAAACACUCUCACAGGGAUGAACCACAUCGACAGAAAAUGGUACAACUAGCCGAUCUAUUCUCGGUACCGGAGAUGGGGCUCCUCUGCAACGUUACAGAGUACUUCAUUCGUAAUGGCAUUGAUUAUCAUCCCGAGAUUCUUUUCAGGGACGUGAAGAAUUCAGUGCAGGCAUGCCACCCAAUAAUGCACCAAAUGGUGUCGGCCAACGUUAGUGAAUAUUUGGAGCCAAACAAAGACCUCAGAAAAUUCUUCGAUCGUCUCGUCUCCGCAAAAAAGAAAAUGUUCCUCGUAACAAACAGCCCGUUCCACUUUGUCGAUAAAGGCAUGAAGUUUCUUGUUGGCGAUGACUGGAGGAAUUAUUUCGACGUUGUGAUAGUACAAGCGAGAAAGCCGAGGUUCUUCACGGACGAAACGAGGCCUCUCAGGAUCUACGACCAGACACAGCAGACACUUCUCUGGGAUCGCGUUACAAAGUUAGAAAAAGGUGUCAUAUAUCUCGAAGGAACCGUUAAACAGCUACAGGACAUGACUGGGUGGAGGGGACAUCAGGUGCUUUACUUCGGCGAUCAUCCUUACAGUGACUUGGCUGACGUGACACUGGAGCACGGCUGGAGAACGGGAGCGAUAAUCAAGGAGUUAACACACGAGAUUGAAAAUUUGAAUGAGCCAUCCUUCAAGGAGAACGCUAAUUGGCUGCAAAUGCUCACGGCGCUGAUCGAGGAUCACCAGGAUUAUGACGGGCCCGAGGUGCAGGAGCAGCUCGAAGAAUGGAUGAACGAACGCGAUCAGAUAAGGAAUGAGAUAAAACGGGUGUUUAAUCAGCAGUUUGGCUCUGUAUUCAGGACUUAUCACAAUCCGACUUAUUUCUCAAGACGACUCUUCAGAUUCGCUGACAUAUACAUGAGCUCCAUCACCAAUUUGCUUUACUACUCGACGACACACACGUUCUAUCCGCGACGCGGUGUCAUGCCACACGAGUACAUGAGCUACUUCAUGUAAAUUCGUUAGGACUUUUUUCGUUCAAGUAUUUCGUGGAAAAAUAAUCGAUUGGAGAGAAUAAAUCCACCAUCUUUGAUAGCAAUUUUCAUUCAAUUCAAUUUUUCAUUCUAAAAAGAGUAAAAAAUGUCAUUCUAUUCAUUUAUUAAUACUUUAGUGGAAUUUCUUGAACAAUUUUUUUUUCUUUCAUUAUAAAAUGGAAAAGAAAAUGAACCAAGUAUUUUAAAGAACUAGAAAAUUGAAUUUACUUCAAUUUUUUUCUAUUCGUUUAUCAACAUUUUAUUGGAAAUUCUUAAGCAUUUUUUCGUUUGUCAUUAUAAAAUGGAAGAAAAAAUAGAAAAUUCAUCUCCAAGAAUUCUUAAAAAGAUAAUGCCAUUGACUGGCAAAAUUUGAAACUGUAAACAAAUAGAAUUGCAAUAAAAUUAUCUCGCAAAUCUGCAAAAUUUUCAAUUCUACUCGACGUCGCACACGUUUUAUUCACGACGCGGUGUCAUGCCACACGAGUACAUGAGCUACUUCAUGUAAAUUCGUUAGGACUUUUUUCGUUCAAGUAUUUCGUGGGAAAAUAAUUGAUUGAAGGGAAUAAAUCAAGUGUUUUUGUUGGAAAAUUUCAUU